GGCUUUUCUUUUACGUCAGAUGGCUUUAGAGAGUUGGCCCAGUUAAAGUUCGCUGCCACACAUGUCAAAGACGUUGUUUGCAAAGGCCAGAGUUUAAGUGGAGAUCUUUUCAGCUGCUCUUCUCCAGGCUGUGCUAAAGUGCUGGAACCACUGCUGAAGGUAUGUGCUGUGAAGACCACUCCAGCUGAAGAUCCCCGCUCUCUUCAGACUGCAGGACUACAUUCAUAACACCUGUAGCCAACCAGACAGAAGGCAGAAAGAUGAAUUUGGCCUGCGCUCAGCUGCUCUUUGCUGCCACCUUGUGGACCCUGCUGUGUAUGACAGCAGCAGAGACGGCGAGCAGCGCGACAGAGGUGCUUCAUCUGAGUGAGGUUUCCCCGGAGGCCGUACUGAGCAACAGCAGCGCGCCUCGAGCGCGGCGGAAACGCUUCAUCUCUAGCAAAGAUAUGACGGCAAUUUUGGACUAUCACAACCGCGUGCGUUCACAGGUCUUCCCACCCGCAACAAACAUGGAAUAUAUGGUGUGGGAUGAGAGACUGGCUAAAUCUGCAGAGUCCUGGGCCGCUCAGUGCAUAUGGGAUCAUGGACCGUCUCAUGAUUUGCGACACAUUGGACAGAACCUGUCCAUCAUCUCUGGAAGAUACAGCUCAAUCAUUGACCUGGUAAGAUCCUGGUAUGAUGAAAGAUACUAUUUCUCCUACCCCAAUAGAUGCAGCGGCUCUGUCUGCACACACUACACUCAGAUGGUGUGGGCAACCAGCAAUAAGAUCGGGUGUGCUAUCAGAAGAUGUUCAAACAUGAAUGUUUUUGGAAGUAUGUGGAAACAGGCCACCUUACUGGUUUGCAACUAUUCUAUCAAGGGGAACUGGGUUGGAGAGGCUCCAUAUAAGACAGGAAAACCAUGCUCCGCGUGUCCCUCAAGUUACGGAGGAUCAUGCAAUAAAAACCAGUGUGACUUCAGAUCAAAACCCAGAAGAAAUGCAAGUGGUUUCAGAGGCUAACGGUAAUGGAUUAAAACAAAGAAAAAGAAAAACCUUAAAAAUAACAAAAAUCUCUAAAAAAAGAAAAGAAAUAAAUAAAUGUUACAUAAUAGAAACCACUAAAACAAAUUUCACAAUGCAGAUUUUUCAGUGGUCAUUUUAAAAAACUGAACGCCAUUUAAGUUCUGUAAAAUGUCCAAUUAAUCUAAUGUGUAAAUGUCAUAUUGCAUCAGCUGUUGUUGUGUUUAUUACCACCCCAUAGGUGUCAAAUUUUUUAUUUUUUAAAUUACUUUAUUAAGCUGUUUAAUGUUUAUCAUUUGUUGUUUUUCAAGGCUAUGGACUGUUUGCACUUUUUUACUUAUUAUUUGUUUGUACUAAGUUGCAUCGCAGUGACAACUCACAUUGGGAAUAAAGCACUUUCAUUCUUUUUGUUCUUUUUGUACAGGUAAUACAUUUUCUUUAGAUUAGGAAAAGUUGUAUGUUCAGUGGUUUCUAAGUUACUAUCUUUUAGAAAUGUCUGUUACACUUAUGUCACACAGGAGACAUGACUGCACUGUAAACACAUUUGUCCUCAUAAAAACUGAUCCUUUAUUUACAUUUUCUCUUAUAACACAGACAGACUGUUGCAAACACCUUUCCAUCAGGCACAUAGCCAAAAAAGUUAUAAAUAAACAAAUACACUCAACAAAAAAUCAUCUAUAAUUUCAAAAAUAUAUUAGAGGCUAUUAAUUUUAAAAAGUGUUUGUGAGCAGCUGGUCAAGGAUCGGUAUUAAGAAGCAGAAUGAAACUAUCUUUUAUCACCUCAUUAAUGUGUUCAAUCCAUCUAAAAGUGACGGAUCUGCUGUAAACCACAGCUAAAAGGCUUUUAAAGCCAUAAACGAAGUGCGGGUUCUUACCUGAUAGAAUAGCCACUGUUCUAAUCUAAUGUAUAGGCCAGGGAAUAUUUUGAUAGUAAUUGAAACCAUUCA